AUGGCAGACGUUCCUGUGCCGGAGACCACUGCAGAAGAAGAGUUCGAGCUUUUUGGUCCAGGACCAGCUGCGGCAGCGCAUGAAGCGGCUGCUCAGCAGGGAGCGAAUCCGUUUGCUCCUGUCCAUGGUCCGUCUCCUGCUCCUACGCAAGCACAGCCUUCAGAACCAGCGGCGGGUUCGCCGACUGGUACUACUGUGCCUCCUGUGCAAAGUCCAAAGGCGUCGGCUCCACCUGUUCAGAGUCCGAAGGCUGCUGCUCCGAGUAGCAGCUCUGGUUCUGCAGGUUUUACGCCUGAGCAGAUGCCUGGCUUCAUGAUGGAAUUGCUUCGUCAGCAGAGAGAGAUGAUGGCAAUGAACCAGCAGCUCGUUGCGACGAUGCUCCGGAGAAUGGAUCUGGAGGAAGAGAGAAGGAACAAAGCGGAAGAGAAAGUUCUUGAGGCAGCUGAAGCGGCCAAGCAGGCAGCAGAUGCUCCCGCGAGCAGUUCUGCCGCUAGUUCGGCAGCUCCGGCAAGCCGUGCAGAGAAGUAUCUGCCGAACCUUCCGGUGAUAGACCAUCAAGGCAUGGGGAAAGGGCGCAUGAAGGAGGUAGAGACUUGGCACUCCUUUAUGGAGACGCUGAGUUCCUGGCUUGCCCUGCAGGAAGAAGCGUUUGUUCGGGAACUGCAGCUUUGUAUCCCUGUGAAGAAGGAGAUUGUGCAAGCUGACUUGAAUCCCGAGACUGCUUUGAAGUUGUACCAGCACGUUGGGCAUUUGAAGAGGCCCACCGACUUGAUUCGACAUCUUGAGGAUUCGUUUUCGAAGUCUGAAGCGAAGCUGAGCAACUUUCCGGAGCUUCUGCUGUCUGAGGCUGAUCGCUGCUCUGUCCUGUUACAGAGCUUGGGUGCAGAAGUACGUCAGUACGUGGUACUGCACGGGUCCAGCUCGAACUGGGAAGCUCUUCGAAGGACGCUGACUUACUACGAGGAGCAGCUGCGACUGUGUGAGGUCCCUGGGUCUUCGGGCCGAGCCUUGCAGGAGAAGCUUUGCGACUACUGCGGGAAGAAGGGACACACAGCCGACAAGUGUUGGCAGCGCCAAAAGGAAGAACGUGAACGCGGUGGUGCUCCGAAGGGCAAAGAGAAAGGAGACAAAGGAAAGCCGAAAGGCAAAGGCGACCAGACUCCCAAGGGAUCUGGCACACCCCGUGGUUCCGAGAAGGGCAAGGGCGACAAAGGAAAAGGCGACAAAGGAAAGGACAAAGGCAAGAAGCAGAAGAAGAAGAAGGGACAGCCUGGAAAGGGACGCUCCUUGACAGAGCCGGAGUCCGAGGCCGAGUCGGGAGGAAGAUUUCGUGUUGUCAAGAAGUACGACCGAACGGCCAAUCUGUUCAAUGCCUCGGGUGGUGCGAUCGUCGUAUCGGGGGUUGUCGACCUUGAGGUUCACUUUGGUGACGUUUUCCUGAGGUUGGAAGAGGUCUUGGUGGCGGAUGUUGGGUUCAACGUUGUUUCGCCUUGGACCGGGUCGGAACGGGGCUGGAAAACCUAUCUAGCCAAAUCGGGAUCACGAUUGUACAAAGGAAACGGAAAGAAGAGCAUCAAGCUGAUGGGCGCUUCGCGUGCCUGGUGGGCUCUGAGCGGGAGGUCCAAGGGCCGGGGGAAAGAGAAUUCUUCCAGACGCCCCCCGAAAGGGAUCGACGACAUGGAGAUAGAUCAGAUAGAUGCCUUGAAGGACCGCGACCUGCUAGGAUCGAGCAAGGAGUCCACCGCAGGACCCCAGAAGCCUGGAGAAGGAAUCCUGAAGAAAGGAAGAAAGACCUCGGAAGAAGACGAGUCUGGUCUCCCUUUGGAGAUCAUAAUGGACGGUGCCAGCGGGGACGAGUUUACCCCGAGUGUUGCUUUGAGCAGCCCAGGCUCUCCUGGGAAUCCGCCUACUCCACCGGCUUUGGAGAGCCCCUCUUUCGAACUACCGGGGGUAGAGCCGCCGGGUGGGGGACCAUCGUCGCCGGUGGCGGUCUACCCGUCGCCAGUGGUGACGGAAGCAGCGGAGGAGAGCGAUGGGGAGGAGAGUUGGGGCACCCAGUGGCCGAAUCCUUCGAAGCGCCUGCGCGCUGGGGGUCCUUCAGAGGUCGAGGGGCCUGUGCCACCGCGGGCUGGAAUCCCGGCGAAUAUCUCGCCGGGCUCGCUGAGCCCUCCUUUUGGUGCGGUUCAGAUGGAUGUGGGAACCCAACUCCUCCUGAGGGCGUUGAGGCUGGAGGCUGGCCGCAGAUGGGAGCAUGCGGAAACGCUGGGCCUUGCAAAGGUCUCGUCCGUUGCUCUCGCACUUGGACACGCCUUGAGAGCACUUUGCUCUCCGGCGGCGACGAUGCUUGGUCCGAUAGGCCUGCCCGACCUAGAGCAUCCAGCUGCUUGGCUACCAGCCACUCCGGUGAUUCCUGUGACAGCGGCCUAUCCGGAGGAGCCAGUGAGGGCUUCGAGGCCGAAGAUGGUGGAAUCGGAAUCCCAAUGUAUCAUUGGGCAGCAGGAAUGGGAGGUUUGGUUGGGACGUUGCCUAGAGGGCAAGAGCCUGGCAGAGUACGGGCUUCAUAUGGUAGAUUUGGAGUUCGCUGUCAGGGUUACCGAACUUCUGGAGGCUCCACGGGCCGCUCGGGCAGCGUGGAAGCGAAGGUUUCAGGAACCCAACCCUGUGUCUAUGCUCCACUAUAUCUUCCAUUGUCGAGCCGUUUUGCAAACCUAUUUGGCUACGCCUGCUGGAUACAAGGGACUGGUGGGAGGACGUUCGAGUCUGCUCGUAAAGGUGCCCCAGUCGGUCACCUCGCUCGAGCUCAAAACGGCUUGGGCGUUCCUAGAUUCGGGCAUAUAUCUCCGUGUUGCCCGAUAUUACAGGCGAAAACGAGAGGAGGAGCGCCUCCACGAGGCCCGGGAAUCCAUGCGAGCGGCAAGGGCCAAAUCGGCAGCGAUCCCUCAGGGUGGUGUAGUGGACACCACCUCUUCGAGCUCCGACGAGGAGUCCUUGCUCCUUGGAGAAGGGGAACUUACUGCGCUGAACAGGGCCCAGGGCCAAGAAGAUUUAUCCGACCUCGCCAUAUGGCGCACAUUGGAAGAACUUACAGGCCAGAGGUUGUCCCAAUUGGAUGGCUAUGUUGGGGCGGCCGACGAGGGAAAUCAGCCCGCCGAGGCGGGACAGCCGGCGCCGCCGAGCCCGGCUUCCUCAAUGCCACCUGGAGAACUGGUGGCUACGGCAUUCAACCUCCCGAGGGUCUCGGCACCUACGCUUCCGGAGGGAAUGCAGAGGGAGGACUAUCGAAGGCACGGCGUGAACAUCCCGCCGUCGGUUCCAAAAAGAUCUCGGCUACCAACGCCUCCGAGGGCUAUGAGUGCGGCUGCGAGUGGUUCUGCCACCGGUGAGGCAAGCCCUCGAAGAGGGCCAGAGAUUGUUGGAGUGAAUGGUUUCACGCCAGGACUGGAUAUUGGUAUCAUCGUGAGGAAGCUGCAGAGAGAGAACCAGACCAUAGGUCUUGAUUUCUUCUAUUUCGGAAAACUGAGGGUACUCUUGAUGAUGCACCUCGGUUCUAAGUAUACUGUCUCUCUUCCUGCGAUGCACCUCGAUGACCCUGACCUGCUCCACAACAUCAACCGUGUGAUUCGCGAAAUGGGAUUAGUCGGUAAAGCGGUUACAUUUCGGAUGGACCAAGAAGCGGCUCUUGGAGCCCUUGCCGAGAAACUCACCAAGUGCGAUAGCAGCCCUGCCAGCGCAACUUUGAUUGACGUGGUUCCGGGCUACAGGCCCCAGUCGAAGGGAUCGAUUGAGCGGCAGGUUGAAACUAUGAAGCAGGGUUUCUGGUCUGUUUGGUUGGACCUGGAGAAAGAGGUUGCUAAGGUGAAGCAGGAAACGGAAGCCGUUGAGCUUGGGAAGUAUCGGUUACCUUUGGGAGGUUUGCUUUGGCAAGCCUGUGUUUUCUACGUUGCUAGGUGCUAUAACCUCUGGUGUACCAGCGUCGGGGAUUCGAGCACUAGCAUAGAUCGACUGCAUGAGGAGAUUGUGAACCGAACUCGGACGAGACCGUUCGGGUGUCUGGUUCAAGCUCAGGUCAGUAAGUCCAAGGCGCACCAUGAUAAGUUCAGGGGCGCCCGGACCGUGAAAGCGGUUUAUCUGGGACCGGUGCACGCCAAAGGUGGCGGCAUCUUUGCCGUCCCUGUCGGAAGCAGUGAAAUAGAUAUAUUCUCCGUCGCCAGAAUGAUUCAGGGAGGUGACAUCUACGAUGCCAAGACCCUGGAAGAGCUAUCUUUAGCUAAGCCUCUUUUGCAGGACACUGAGGACCCCGAGAGGCCCAUACUGUUUGAUCCGUUGGAGGCUCCUGGUGAUGAUGCUCCUGAUGAGGGGGCGGGUGUGGGAAUGGAUGAAGAUGGUGAUGAAGAGAUGAUCGAAGAUGAGCUUGGUGACUGUUCUCCUUCGGAAGCGCCUGAGAACCAGGAGGUUGUGAACGAUGAGGGGGAUAUGGAAAUAGACUGGCUCACGAAUCACUAUCUUGAGUCCCUGUUUCGAGGGCCUGACCUUCGAGCCGCCUCCACUGCAGUCGCAAAGUCGUUUGAUUUGAAGUUUGGGGGUACGAAGAUAAGGUGUGCUGUUCCCCAGGACGCUGUUUCUGAGACUUCGGGAGAGAAGCUAGAACCCGACCUCCUUUACGCAUCAAUGAAGCUUGAGUUGGAAGAGUUGGAGUCCUUUAAGGUUGGGGAAGUGAUCCCUGAGCGCGAAGCUCGCCGUCUUGCUAAGGAAAACGGCAGGCGAGUUUUGACUAGCUUGUGGGUCAACACGGUCAAGAAGAAGGGACUGUAUAGAUCUAGGCUAGUCGUGCGGGAUUAUGCCUCUAUGGGAGGCACCACCUUGAGUGAGGGAAUCUACUCUCCUACUACUUCAUUGGAGGGUCUGAGAUUGCUUCUAUCAAUGCUCUGCCGACGUGGCAGUGUGUUGUCCUGCGAUGUCUCGGUAGCGUUCAUGCAUGCUCCCGUAGCGAGGGCAGAAUUCGUAGAGUUGCCGAAUAAUGUGAGCACCCAGGGGACUGGGGAACGAGUUUUCGUCAAAUUGCGGAAAGCGAUGAACGGAUUGCGCUCUGCUCCAUUAUCUUGGUAUUGCGAGUUGGCUGAAUACUUGCGCUCUCAGAACUUCGAAGCAAGUUUGGAUCCCACUAUAUUCCGUCGUCUUACGAGGAAGGGUUUGACGAUUGUGUUGUUUUAUGUGGAUGACUUGCUGAUCUAUAGUGAAGAUGAAGCUGAGGGGCGCCGGUUCUACGAGGAGUUGCGUAAAAGAUACAAACUGAAACUUACGGGCGAGUUGAUUCAAGAUUGCCCCGGGGAAGUCUCGUUUCUCGGUCGGCGGAUCUUUCGCCGUAAGAAAGGGGAACGUACGGUGUAUUUCGGGCUAGACGAACAGUACCUGAGUUCCUGUUGCGAGGAGUACGGAAUCACCAAACCUGCACCAAAGCUCCCUUCCCUUGAACGCCGCUAUGCUGAGUUGCUGAAGAAAGGCCAGACUGAGCCGAUCAGUCCAGCUGCUCACGAAAGGUACAGAAGGACUCUGGGCCGUUUGGCCUGGGCGGCUUUAUCACGACCAGACCUGCAGUUUGUGUGUGGGUUUCUGGGCCGCCACCAAGCAGCUCCUGACGAGGCUGCCGAGACCUGUAUGAGGGAUGUCCUUCGUUGGGUCAAGGGUCUUCCGCACAAGGUCCAGAGGUUUCCGAGCAAAAGGGAGAUCUUGGAAGAUGAUGCGGACCCUGCCUCUGUAUCUUGUUUUACGGACGCGAGCUGGAGUCUGAAUUCGGUAAGCGGCGGAAUCAUCACGUGGGAGAACUGUUCCCUGAAAAGCUUCAGCAGGAAACAAACGACUACCGCACUCUCCAGUGCGGAAGCUGAACUCGCUGCACUCACAGAGGUUGCUCGUGAAGGGUUGUACAUUGCUUUGCUUGUGGAGACCAUCCGCGAGGGUGCCGACGUGGCCAGCCUUGAGGCCUGCAUUCUAGAGCUCUCAAACAGGACGGCAGCAGAAGCACAAGGAAGUGCAAAGAGAGCUGGCUGUAUGCUGAUCGCAUUUCAGCCCACCCGUGUUGUGCAGUUUGUGGUGCAGCGUGGCCUCGACAGGCCGCCCAGGCAGAGUAAGGAGCGAAAGCCCGGCAAGGCGGCACUCGCUUUGCACACAGUGUGGGAGAAGUUGACUCCCGAAGCCCGACUGGCGAUCGAAGAAGCUGGGUGGAGGCCUCCAUCCGCGGCAGCGGUUGUCCCGCCUCCGGGUCUCGGCGAUUUUGAUGUUGACAUGGAUGCAUCUGAGGCCUGCGAGGCUAAGCAGAAGCUGUGGUCUGAAGCCACGGAGCAGCAGAAAGAGCUCAUGCUCAAGGCAGGCCUCAAGCCGCCGGAGCAAACUCCGGCUCCCACCUCUUAUGAAGUUGGAACCGCAGCAAAUGCAGCUUUUCGUAAGGCCACGGUUGCACUGAAAUUGCUUGGAGACAAGAAGAUUAGCUUGCAGAAGCGUAUCGACCAAGCUAAGGAGCAAUACAACGCAAGACUGACCGAGAUGAAACAGUUGCAGACCAAAAUUGAAGAGGCGCAGCAACAGGUUGCAGAUGCGGGCGAGGAGCUUACCACCAAAGUCCUGGCCCAAGAUGAAUCUUUGAACGGCGAAAUUGCGCAGUUUCUUGAGAAGUUUGGGAUUUCCUUGACUGAAGAGCAGGAAGCAAAGAUUGCCGCAGUGCGUGCCGGCACACAUGGACCCCCUGACAGCCAGGCUUUUGACCUUAAGGCCGCAGCACCCAACACGCAAGAGGUGCCCAAGAAAUCUGAGCCAGCGCAGAACGGACAGCGUGGCACCAGAUCCAGGUCGCCAAGAAAGACGCAAGAGGCUGCCGCUGAGAAGGAGGCCUACAUGUAUCAGAGCAUUCUCGUAUGGGCCUUCCACGAAUCGGAAAGCCCCUGCAUCCAGACGGGUCGCAAGCUGGCCAUGAAUUUUCAUUUCCGCGUUGCUGUGCGCCCUGCAGGCUGCACUCAGGCUGACCAGGUGCUUGUGCAUUCAACUUGGUCGGGCAGUGCUCUCGCUCAGUCUGGUGAUCCAGGGGUUUCGGCCCUUUGGGCCAGCUUGCUGCAAGGGCUGGAGCAUAUGUGUCAUGUGCAAGUGCUUCAAGCUGUGGAGGCCCUAGAGGCGGGCCAAUAUAUUCUUGAAGAUACCUUUCCCUGGUUUGCUGCUGAGCUUGCUGUUGAAGCCGGUGAUGAUGUUCCUUGGCACGUUGCAGCCUCGGCUAUCAGGGAUGUCAUCGCAAAUCUUGAAUCCAAUGCCGACGGAAAGAAAUUGCUGUUAGUCAGCUCCAAUGUCACCAAGUGGCGCAAGUCCUUAGCAACCUUUCUUGCGGGGAUCAGGCCAGACCUCUGGCUGGUACAGGAAACACACAUUAAGGAGGAGCAAGGGGAUUUGCUGGCCACUCAUGUUGGGGCCUUUGGCUAUCAGGCCUUCAGCUUGCCAGGUCACCCCACUGGGGGAGGUGGUAACUCAGGAGGCCUUGCGAUUGUGUUUAAGAAGCACCUUGAUGUCCGUAAAAGCCACCACUUCCUUCACCAAGGUGUUGGUUUUCAGUCUGUUGUUCUGCGCAUCCGGGGUGUUGAUAUCUUCCUCGUCAAUGUUUACUUGAAGACAGGGGAGGGUUUCCGGGGCCCGACUAAUGCCAUAAUUCUUUCCAAUUUGAUUCCCUUCCUUAGGUCGCUGCAAGGUGAAUUUCUUGUUGCAGGCGACUUCAACGAAGACAUCAGUGUUCUGGUGACCACCAGUUUGGCGCAGGAAGCUCGGGGCCAAUGGGUCCACACGGGGGCUUCCACGUGCACAGGGGGUGGUAACAUUGAUUUUGGUUUAGUUUCCAAAGGGCUGGCCUUGGGAGUUUCGGUCCGGGCUGACUGGAUCACUCCGUUUGCUCCACAUGCUGCCUUACAUUGGUGCAUUGACAGGAGGCAGUGCGAGUUGAGGUUUCCCCAGCUUGUGGGUUUCAAGCCGAAGCCCAUUAUGCCGCAACCCUUCGAGCCUCCUUUUGCAGGUUGCUCUGGCCCUCAGCCUGAUCUGGAGUCUGCCUGUGCCGGGCACUGGGGUGGCUCCAUACCUGAGCCGGCCCUCACACAUACCUUUGAGCAGCUCAGUAGCUCUGUUGAGUUAUCGGUCUAUGGCUGCACUCAAGGUCGAGGCUGCCUGCCCAAAUUUCGCCGUGACAAACUCCUGCGCCAUACCUCACCUGUGGGUGCUUGGGGGGGGGCUCAGGCCUCUUUCUGGAAGCGGGUCCUUGUUUGGCUGGAACUUUCGGCGAAGCGGAGUUGUCCUGCACCCUUUGGCCACACAUUUUGGUCGCAGCUUGAAUUGAUGUGGCACGGAUCCACAGCCGAGCUCAGUGUUUUCCAAGUCCAGCUUGAUGCUGUUCUUAAAGGUGCUACGCCCUCGGCUUUUCCAGAGUUGAUUCAGGUAUCGGAGCAACAAUUUCGUCACCAUUCCAAAUUGUGGAUGCAGAAGCAGAGCGCAAGCUACGGUAAGUGGCUAAAGCAGGCUUCGUGUAAAGGCUUGCGUGGCCUUUUUACCAGUGUUAAAGCGGAUGAAGCUGUCCAGCUGCGCCCUUUCUUGCACCAGCCUGUGCAGGAGCGCAUCUACCUUAGGUGGAGGCAGUGGUUUGAGCUUUGGUCCGCGCCGGGUGGGGUCGACCCGGCGCUCCUCAGUGAUCUCAGGCAACGUGCCCGAAUGCAGGCCAAGGAGCUUGGGCCGAUUCCCCUAGAUCAGGCGGUUGCGGCGUUCAAGCGAGUGCCCAGCAAGGCACCAGGUCUAGACGGGUGGACAUUUGAGAUGUUAAUUUUUUGCAGCGACCGGCUGUUGCAUCCAUCAUUUCAUUUCUUCACCACUGUGAAACUGAGGUGGAAAUUGGUCUCCGAUUGGCAAUUCCAGUACUGUAAAGCCGCGGUCUGGGAUAAGGCAAUGCCGGGGAGUCAAGUGCUGGACGUCGCUUUGGGACGCUUACUUAGAGGCGAGGCGGCUAGACAGUCCGGUCAGCACUUAGUUACAAUUUUCAUUGAUAUGGAGACUUUCUAUGAUAGAUGCCGUUUUAAUGAUGUCAUUUCUUCUGGCCUUUCUUUGGGGUACCCUCCCCUGGUAUUGCACCAGGCUCUUCUUACGUACAUGGGCCCGCGUUUUCUUCAAUCUGAAGGGUCUUUGUGCCCGGCCAUUACUCCCACGAAGGGGGUCCUGGCUGGGUGCCCGGCCGCCCCGUCUAUCAGCAAACUUGUUGUGCACCCCAUUGCAGUUGCGGCCACUUCCAAGCGUGCGACAUCCAAUUUGGACGUAUGGAUAGAUGAUCUGUCCCUUGACUGUGUCGGUGCCUCGGCCAAGCAGAUUGCCUCAGACGCUGUGCUGCUGUUUCGCAGCCUGCGUACCAGCAUCGAGGCAACUGGUGCCCGUGACCACCGCGCGGCAUGUGUUGCUUGGGCCAUUGCGGCAUAUGAGCUUGCACCGGCUGCCUUUGAGCUCUUUGGUCGUGUCUCCGGUGCUUUCGACUUGACGGUGGACUGCAUCCCUGAAUGGCGGCGUUUGCUGAACGAGGAUGUUGUUGAAGCUGAUACGAGCCGGUCCAUUGAGGAAUCCUUUGAGGCCAAAGAGUCAAAUCCUGCGGAGGUUGUGCAGCAAGGACACCUCCAAACAGACCCGUUUGUCGUUUCGGUGAGCUUCUCGGGCUGUUUCGAGGGCCUCGCCGGGAGAGCCAAGCUCUCCCGGCCCGAAGCCGGGAAGGCAACACCUACACCGCCGCCUGCCAAGGCAGGGCAGCCUGCAAAGGCAAAGGCCAAGGCCCACCCGCCUCCUUCCAGGGAGGCUUGGAAGGACCUUCGCUACCAGCUGGGCAGCCUGAAGAAGGCAGGAAAGGGAGCGAACCUUCGCGGCCAGUGGGAGAACUGCAAGACCCAGUCCGAAAAGAGGACUUUCUACUACGAAGUGUUCCUUCUGGACCCAGAGGUAAGCCGGAAGGAAGUGCACAAGGUAGCCGCCGGGACCUCAGCCAUGGCCUUGCCUCAGACUGACCCAUAUUUUCUGCCUUUGCGAAUUUUGCCGUAUCAGUGGCAUUGGUCUGCUGUCGGUGCCCUAGAUGCCUCCCUCGGGCUCAGCACAGCCUGCUCAGCUUCAGAUGCAGCCAGCCAGGGGUCAGGCAGUGUAUGGCUAGCCCCUCAUAGCCCGCCACCUUCCACCAGGUCAGCGAGUUCACAGGACUCAAGCCUUGAUUCAGCUGUGCCAGGCUUGCGUUAUCGCCAUCCGUUGCCUUGGAGCCCCUUUAAGGUACCGCUUCUUUGGCUCCUUCAGCCGCCUCUCUACAAGGUGCUUUGGUUCCCUACCAAGGACCUACGUGAGCCUUUUCUUGGCUGGAGCCUUGAGGGCCUUCUCUUCGGAGAUCAGCGUGCUCAGCGCUCUCCUUGGCCUUCCUAUGCAAAUAGCCCUGCCCUCCAAUGGAAUCAGGGCCAGCCGACUGCCAAUAUGACCAACCUCUCGGCCAUGGGCCGUAUGAAUGCAGGUUUGUCUGGCCCCCUAGCCUUCGACCCUGAUACAAGCUCCGCCUACGACGCAUUGCAGCCACAGCCUUCUACCCAGGACUUCAGCCAAGAGCCCCCACUGAAGAGCCGACAGUGCACUCGCAUCGGCAUCUUAGAAGCCGACCGCCGUGGGGCACAGCAAGCCUUGUGGCACCAUAGCCGCCGAGCCCAUGAACAACCGCGCCUUCUGCCUUCUUUCGCCCUGGGUCUUUAUCAGUGCCAAGAUAGACGCCGUCAGGAUCCGCCUGGACCAGACUUACGCCAGGGUAGCCGGGUUGCUCCUGACCCCUUCCCUACUAUAGCCGUCUACUUCACGGAGGCAGCCGUGGAUGCAUGCCAGUAUCAGGGACCCUCAGCCUUACUGGACUCCGAAGGAGACCCAGAAGCAUAG